ACGUUGGGUGGUAGACCUACGGCAGGAUGAGUGGGAUCCUGAAGAGGAAGUUUGAGGAGGUGGAGGUGGAUAGCCCCUCCCCCUGCCUCUCUCUCCGGGGGUCCGAUGACGAGGUCUCCGCUGGCAGCGACAGCGGGAACAGCAGCGACAGCGUCAACCCAGGCCCCUCCACCCCCGUCGCCCCCUCUUCUAUCUUGAGGUGUGAAAAGCGCCUGCGUGUGCGCAACGUGCACUUUGAGAGUGUGACGGUGUACUACUUCAGCCGGCGCCAGGGCUUCACCAGCGUGCCCACGCAGGGUGGCAGCACCCUGGGCAUGUCCACGCGCCACAGCUGGGUGCAGCGCUACACCCUGGGGGAGUUCGCCGUGGAGCAGGAGAGAAGCCACCGAGACAUGCUGCGAGACCACCUCAAAGAGGAAAAACUAAACUCCAUCAAACUCAAGCUGACCAAUAAUGGCACUGUGGAGUCGGACGAGGCCGAGUCGCUGACCCUGGACGACAUCUCAGAGGACGACAUCGACCUGGACAACACAGAGGUGGACGAGUACUUCUUCCUGCAGCCGAUGACCACCAGGCGGCGCCGCGCUCUCCUCCGGGCGUCCGGGGUGCGACGCAUCGACGUGGAGGAGAAGCACGAGCUGCGGGCCAUCCGGGUGUCCCGGGAGGAGUGCGGCUGUGACUGCAGGGGGCUGUGCCACCCCGCGACCUGCGCUUGCAGCCUGGCCGGCAUCAAGUGCCAGGUAGAUCGCAUGUCAUUCCCGUGCGGCUGCAGCAAGGAGGGCUGCAGUAACAGCACAGGCCGCAUCGAGUUCAACCCCAUCCGUGUUCGCACCCACUUCCUGCACACCAUCAUGAAGCUGGAGCUGGAAAAGAGCCACGAGCAACAACAACCGCAGGUCACCAAUGGCAAUGGUUACCAUGGAGAACUACCAGUCAACGUCCCUGUCCAGCGUGCUCUGCAGUACCCCCUGAUGUCUGACAACAUCCCAGUCCUGCAGGCUCCCAUCAUGCACCUGCCGAGCACCAGCGACGCAGAGCAGCAUCUAGAAGAGGACGAAGAUGAGGAAGAUGAUGAGGAGGAGUACGAGGAUGAGGACGAUGGUAGUAGUUUAUGUAGCGGCCUCUCGGACUGCAGCACCGACAGCCUGCACACUAGUGACUCUGAGGAGGAAGAGGAGGAGGAGGAGGAAGAUGACUGUGAGUCUAUGGAGGAGGGGGUGAGUGGACCCCCAGUCUCUCACACAGAGGUGGUUUCUCUCUCCUCUGUGUUGGGUUACACUGAUGGGACACACACCAACACCAACCACGCUAACCCCAACUCAUACUACCACAACCCUUCAUCAGGGUACUACCAGAUGGACAACUCAGCCAACCUGAACCCCACACCCAAAGCCCCUAGUGAAGCUCCCUCACUCCUCUCACUCCCCAACAGGCAGGGGGCCACCGAUGGCCCCACGGUCGUGUCACAGGAGCAGCCUAAAACCACAUCCGAGCCACACACAGACCACCUCAGCCAGAUAGAGGGACUGUAUAUGCAUUUUCCCCACACUGACAAAGCACCAGCAGCCAACGCCUGUUCCUCAGCCCCGCAGCAGAGCAACACUCCCCACAGUGGGGAGACUAGUACACUACACCAUGAGCAGCCCUUUCAGACACAGGUCAGCGUUUUUCAUCAUGAAUCUUGUUCUAGAGGCAGCUCUGCGGAGUGGUCACUAGCUGGCACAGCCACA